UCUAGGAAGAUAUAUGAAAUGGGUUCCGACGGAUGUAGAUGUGGAAAACCAAGUGACGGGCCGGAUUUAGACCCGGUAAUGGAGGCACCGGACCAAUUUGUAGAAGACUACAUAUCAAAUCUCUCCACAAUUCCGAUGGACCUGUCCAAACUACUAUGUGGGGAGGUGCACGUUCUCAAUGUUGGAACCCGUGACGCUGAGGCGACGGACGUUUUCCGAAUCCACCAAUUCCUUGGUGAUGGCAUGUCUCUGAUGUCACUGCUCCUCGCUUGCUGUCGAAAGUCCUACGACAGCUACAUCCUCCUCUUCCAAUGGUGUAUUGUGGUUACUCUUGUCUCUUUGGAUGGUGUUGAGGUUAAUUUGGUUACCAUGGUGGAUUUAUGGUUGUUUACGGUAACAUUAUUUUUCUUGAAAGAUACGGACACUCCUCUCAAAGGUGCGGCCGGCGUAGGGCAGAAUCCGAAGCAGUUUGGUAACUAACCGGAAGAUCAGUUUGGAUGACAUAAAGCUAGUGAAAAACGCCAUGAACGCGGUACAUAUUUUUUCAAUCUAAGAUCAAUUACGCUUCUAAUUUUGAAUAAAUGAAUUCAGGAGCUUAAAUGGGGUUUUGUUUUCUCUGUUUGCUAGACUAUCAAUGAUGUUGUGUUGGGAGUUGAAGAAGCUGGUCUUUCUCGAUAUCUAAAUCAAAAAUAUGCUGAGUU